AUGUCGAGUGGUACCUCUAAAAGUUUAUCCCUUCGGCGAGGCUUCUCAUACCUGCAGCAUAUCCUUAUCGAUAUCUGGAUUGACCAAGAAGGGUUUCGUUCCGUACGGCCUGUCUUCCGGCUCAAGGGAUAUUCUAGGGCAACACCUCAUCCGGGUAGCCGGAAUGCCAUGUCGUCAUCUAACUAUGCUAGCGAUGAGAUCGACCCCCGCACCGCAAGGGCAGACUUCCUACCGUCAAAGCGAGAAAUCUUUACAUUUCAUCACUCCGCCCUGGAUAGUCCUCCCGUUCUGCGGCGUCUGACCGUCAACGGGGACGAGUCUCGGGAUUACAUCUCC